GUUACAUUUCAGCCUUUCCAGAGGUUAUCAUACACUGGCUCACAGUGUGGGGACCCGGGAGUGAUGUCUUACAAGUUUGAGUACCAAAGAUCAACACACCGUAAGCCUAUUCAAGCACAACAGGAACUGAUAACGUCAACUGAUCAGGUAUCAAAUAUACUUCCCUUUGUAUCUUCACUAUCGAACCGUUCAGACAACGAGAUAGAAGGUCGGCACAGCUGCAUACCUCGAACCAUACCUGAAUCCACUUCUCAAAUGUCGGUUUACCCAAGCUCCAUAGAUAAGCUGCCGUUUGAGAUACGGUUGCUCAUCGCCAAUGAAUUAUCGCAAUACGAUACGUUGAGCUUGAUGCUGGUCAACAGGGCAUUUUAUCAGGUUGCAGUGAUACGCUUGUACACUGAGAUUAUAGUUGAUCCAUCAUAUUCCUAUUUUAACAUGGAUAUACUCUCUGCGCAUCUAUCAACAGCUUAUCGCGCAUCGUACAUAAAGACGAGGUACAGUUUGAAGACUUUCUGUAAGACUGUUGAGAAGGCGACAAGUGCUGGGACAUCUGAAAAGGGCAUUGAGAAGUGUACACAGUAUGCUUCAUAUGUCAACAGCUUACAGGUCAUUGAGCUGCCUGAUAGCUUUGAUAUACACACAGACUUCACUGUUCUGAUGAGAUCAAUGCUCAAGUUGGCUAAUUUGAGAAGUUUAUACUGGGGGUCACAGACCGAACUUACACUCAGGAUGAUUGACAGGAUACCCAACAAGGCUAAUCUCAAAUCGCUUAGGAUGAGAGUGGAUUUGAAGGCUGUGAGAUCUCCCUCUGCAUUUGAGUCAUUUGCACAGUUCAACAAUUUGGAGCAUUUAUCACUAGUACAGCUCUUGAAAUCCAGGAACUUGAAGUAUAUAUUUCUCAAUCUGGUCAAAGAUGGUAAUGUUCAGUCCAUAUAUAAGCUGGAGAGCCUUCAAUUAUCGAUGCAUGACUCCUUACAUGGCUUCAACAAGAACAUCCCUUCAUCAAUGCUCGUGCUGACGCAAUUCAUUAUUGAAAAUGAGCAAAUGAAAAUGACAGAUUAUGACUUGGAUACGAUAAAGUACAUGUACGAAGUAUGUUCACAAGCUGACUUCAUAUUGAAGUACCUGAAAGUACUAAGUCUAGACUCUGUUCUCGUUAGCUGCAAGGAUGCUUCACGACUCCAUCAAAUGUGCGAUAUGAAACAAUUACACCAGCUGGAGUUGAAAAACGUUUCAGAGAUUCAACAUAUACCUGGUGUGAAUGUUCCAAUAUCUAUGAAUGAUCUUGCAAGAAGGUUGGAUGUUGGAUUUCUCAAGAUUCUUGAUGGCAGACAAUUGGAAAACGUGACAAGACUUCGUAUUGACUAUAGAGAAGGCCUUCGGGACUCCGUUCCAGCCUUCAUAGAAAGCUUCAAUAGAUUGGAAGAGCUCGAUGUCACAAUUAGGUGGAACUUAACUAAGCUGUGUUCUGUCGAUUCAUGGGUUACGCUGUGCAAUGCCUACAUCACUGCCAUAUUGAAGCAUUCGGGCACGUUGAGGAAACUGUCUCUGGAGGCAAAGGAGGACUCUGUAUUUUGCGAGCUGGACAAGCAAUUCGACACGGCAGUAUUAAUGAAACUGAGUGCCUUGUCUAACCUUGAGUCCCUAAGAGUCCAUGGAUACUCUCUCCAGCCAUAUGCCACGUUGUUAUUGUCAGAAUUACCAAAAUUGAAAUACGUUGUGUUAUAUGGAUCUAGUGCUGGUGGUGCUCCUCAUAUGGGAUUACAAGUGGUACACAACGGUGUCCUUGAUGACUGGUUAAGGGUUCGUCACGUGGCCAGCGAGAUUGCCUCUGUUAACAAUAACGUUGAGUUCAUCAAAAUAGACAAGUGCCUUUUCCAGAUAAAGGAUUCCGUCGCAGUUCCAAGGGAUGGACUGGAUAGAUGGUUUGAAUCCAAAGUGAGAGUUGAAAUGAACAAGAUGGGUAACAAUUAAUCAACUAGCUACGGAGUUGCAGAAUAAUCACGAACGUCAUGAGGCGAAUAUGUGUAUAUUCAAGAUAAUAAAGUACAAUCAACGGAACAACAAACCAAAAAGCAAACAACUCCAAUUGAUUCCGUCAAGAGGAAUCUCCCAC